CCUUUUUUAUACGCGACCAACAACUUUUCACUUUUCGCGAAACGCUCCCAAAAUAAAUAGAAAAGGCAACAUGGGUAGACUUGUAUGUAUCGAAGUAGAAGACUUCAAGUCUUAUAAAGGCAAACAAACUAUCGGCCCUUUUAACGAAUUCACCAGUGUCAUUGGUCCUAAUGGUUCUGGAAAAUCCAACCUGAUGGACGCCAUUUCGUUUGUUCUUGGUGUCCAUUCCAGUCAUCUACGUUCACAAAAUUUAAAAGACAUGAUUUAUCGAUCAGAAGCUAUGAGAACUGAAGAAGACGACAAUAAUGCUGGUUCCAGUUCCAGAAACCGACGUGCAGCUAGAACUGCUUCUGUUACAGCUGUUUAUGAAGAUGAUAAUGGCCGACAAGUUCGUUUUAAGCGUAGUAUCAACCAGAGUGGACAUUCAGACUAUAGCAUUGAUAAUAAAGUGGUGCCUUAUUCCGACUACAAUACUGCCCUUGAAAGAAGAAAUAUUCUUGUAAAAGCAAAGAAUUUUCUAGUAUUUCAAGGUGAUGUUGAAUUAGUGGCCAGUCAAGAUCCCAAGGACUUGACACGCUUGAUAGAACAGAUUAGUGGAUCUUGGGAAUUUAAGGAUAGCUAUGAGGAAAUGAAACAAAAAAUGGAGGAAGCAAUUGAAAAUAGUGGCCAUGCUAUGAAUAAGAAACGUCAAAUGGCAUCUGAAAUCAAACAAUAUGAAGAACAAAAGGCCGAAGCGGAAAGAUUUGAAAAGCUUAUUGCCGAUAGACGUAGCCUUGUAGUUCAAUAUUUGCUCUGGAAACUGUAUCAUAUUGAUGAGAAGGCAAAGAAUUUAGAAAAUCAAAGUCAUACAAAAAAUUCGAACAGAGAUGAUCUUCAAUUUGAAGUCGAAGGACUGGAAAACAGCUUCAGAAAGGCGAGAGAGGAUAAAGCCUUGAUUCACAGAGAGAAAAUCAAAUGUGAACUUCAUAUACGUAAGAUCAACAGAGAAUUGGAUGAUCAGCUUCCUACAUCCAUCAACUAUCGAGAAAAAAUAUCCCAGUUGGAGAAAAAAAUCAAACAAACGGAACAAAGUAUCGAGAGAGUAAAGCGUGACGGUAUUGAACAAGAACAAGUCGUUGCAUCACUAGACAAAGAAGCACAAAUGGUUAAAUAUGCUGAAGAGGAAUUCAAUGCUUCCGUGCCCAAGAUAUUAUCCAACGGAAUAACGCUCACUUCCAGCCAAUUGGCAGAUUACGAAAAACGAAAGCAGGAAGUAAGUAUGAAAGCCUUCGAAGAGCAGCAGAUGUUGCAGCAAUAUCAGCGUCAAUACAAGACAGAAAAACAAAUACUUGAUGAUAAGAAAGCAAAGAUUGACCGACUUCGUGAGGAUGAGACCAGUAUGUCAGACAAUCUUCGCCAAGCAAACGAAGAAAAAGCAGCCUUCAUUACUAAUGCUGAGAACAUCAAUGAGCAAUUAAAUGUGCGUCAACAAGAGCUUAAACAGCUUGAAGAGGAGCGCAUUCGCACUCAUCAACGUGAAACUGAAUUAAAUGAAUUACUUCAAGAUACACUGAACAAACUGAUGGAAGCUAGUGUAACGCAGUCAGAAUCAGAAAAAGAUACCAAAUUUAACGAAAGUGUAUCUGUCCUAAAGCAAAUUUACCCAGGCGUGCACGGCAAAUUAGCUGAUCUGUGCCGUCCUAGCCAACGUAAAUACGAUACAGCAGUAGCUACCGUUUUGGGAAGGAAUAUGGAUGCCAUUGUGGUAGAUGAUGAGCAAACGGCUGCUGACUGCAUCCAAUAUAUGAGAGAACAGCAUAUCGGCACAGCUACAUUCUUGCCUAUCAACUCACUAUCCGUACCACCCAUUGUUGACCGUUAUCGCAAUAUUGCUCGAGGGGCUCGCAUGGCCUACGAUGUCAUCAAGUUUGAUAAACAAUACGAAACUGUAAUUCAAUACGCUACAGGCAGCACUUUAAUUUGUGAUAAUCUGAACAUUGCCAAGCAGAUUUGCUUUGAAAUGAAUGAAAAUGUUAGAGCAGUAACAUUGAAUGGUGCUGUUAUUCACCAAAAUGGUCUCAUGACAGGUGGUCAAAGCAGUACCCAAACGACUAAAAGAUGGCAACAAAGCGAAAUUCAAGAAUUAACGCUUGCAAGAGAUAAAUACUUGGCCGAAUUGAACCAUAUCAGCAGAAACAAACGUUUAGGCAGUGCCGAAGAUUCUGCUAGAAAUGAUUGCUUUAACUUGUCAAAUCAAUUACAAUUUUUCAAAGAUGAACUGACUACUCUCGAUAAAAGAAUUCAAGGCUAUGAAAGUAGUUUGGAAGAUAUUCGAAAGAAGUCAUCGGGCUCUUACAGACCUUAUGAAGAAUCCAAGACUGCCUUGGAAGAAUUGGAUAACAAGAUUAAAAAAGUCGAAGCGCAAAUUGCUCAAGUAGAAGACUAUGUAUUUGAAGAUUUCUGUAUGCAGAUCAACGUUGCUAAUAUUCGUGAGUACGAAGCUAUGCAGUACGGUGUGUCUGAUGAAGUUACUGAACGCCGUGCUCAAUUCGCUGCACAAAAAUCACGUUUGGAAACUCAACUCGCAUUCGAGCAAGAUCAAUUGGGUGAAUUAAUUGAACGCUUACGAAAAUUGGAAAGUAUGUUGAAGAACGAUACAACGGCUAAAGUCAAAUUGGAAAAUGAUUUGGCCGGUAUGGCAGGGAAAACAGAGACUCUCAAUAAUCAACUCGUUACAUAUCAAAAUGAACUGCAGAAGCAAAUCCAGCUGGAAGAGUCAAAACAAACAGAAAUCAAUGAAAUCGCUCGUGCUCUGGAAGCCAAGGGUAAAGAUGUCGAUGAAAUCUUGCGAGAGUGUCGAGCGGUUGAGAGUGAAAUCGAUAAGAUUCGUGCGGAACGCGUGGCUAUAUUCAGAAAAUGCAAGCUAGAAGGCAUUGAAUUACCUUUAAGCCGUGGCACUAUGGACGAUAUCAUUAUUGAAGAUACCAGAACCAGCGGCGCACCUUCUCUUGGUGCCGAUACAGAUAUGACUGAUUCAACAUCUGUUUCAGAGGCAUCAUCAGUGGCAGGAGAUAGUGUGUCAGGCGAAGACAGUAGUAGUAUGGACCUUGAUGGACCAUCGCAACUAUCCAUCCAUUCAACGGAUUGGGAGGUUGAAGUUGACUACUCACAAGUGGGUGAAGUGCAAAGAAAUAACGAUACACCUGCUAUGGAUCGAGAAUUCCAAGACGAAAUCAAAAAGUAUACUAACGAAAUUGAACAAAUGGCACCCAAUAUGAAGGCUAUUGAUCGAUUGGAAGGUGUAACUGAAAGAAUGAGAGUUGUAGAACAGGAAUUCAACAGUGCCAGACAAACCGCUAAACGAGCACGAGAACAAUUCAACGCAAUUAAACAGCAAAGAUAUUCCAAGUUCUAUGAUGCCUUCAGCCAUAUAUCAGAAAAAAUUGAUACAGUGUAUAAGGAUCUCACGAAAAGUACGCCACAUCCUAUGGGUGGUACAGCCUACUUGACAGCGGAAGACACUGAUGAACCGUAUCUUCAAGGCAUCAAAUAUCACGCCAUGCCGCCUAUGAAGCGAUUUAGAGACAUGGAGCAACUUUCUGGCGGCGAAAAGAGUGUAGCAGCACUUGCUUUACUAUUUGCUAUUCAUAGCUAUCAACCUUCUCCCUUCUUCGUGUUGGAUGAAGUCGAUGCUGCACUAGAUAACAACAAUGUAGCAACUGUUGCUAAUUAUAUCCGAGCAAAUGCAAAUGCGGCUUUCCAAUUUAUCGUCAUAUCGCUGAAGCAUACAUUAUAUGAAAAGGCAAAGAGUUUAGUGGGUAUUUACCGUGAUCAAGAGGUAAAUUCUAGUAAAACGAUGACUUUAAAUUUGGAUCAAUAUUCGGACGCUUCAAACGGGUCUUCCAUUAUGUAGCAUUUUUUUACUCAAUCAUAUUCAGGCACCAUUUUCCCUACGUGUAUGAAUUUAAUGUCAGUUAUUAAAAUGUCUUUAUUUAGAAGUCGAUGUUUAUUCCGUUUGUUGCAUGCAUUUCAACCUUUUUGUCACUGUCAAAGAAUGACUAAUUUCUGAUAAACAGAUAUUGCAUGGAUGCUUUAUGAAGACUUCCUACGUAGACAGUUUAUUUUAUAGUUACUGCUGACAACCUGUAUAUCUGAUAUUGAUUGAAUUAAAAUUGUGUAACAGCCUUUCCUAAGUGAGCAAUCUCGUUUUAUCCCAGAUCAAAUUGCAUGCUCAUUGCAUCUUCAAAUCCAGCAAGAAGGCUGUUUGAAUUGAAAAGAACCAUUUGGUCUUCGAUAAUAUUGUACAUUUUUUUCCUUUUCUUUCCUUCGCUUUCCUUU